CACUCGUCAGUGAAGCUGUUUUACCUCUGUCCGCAUCUCGGAAGUACAAAAUCAGCUUUAGGAGUGUGCCAAAAUUAAUAGGUGAAAAAAAAGGCAAGAUGAAGUGUUUUAUUUUACUCGUCACGGUGCACAGCAUAUUUGCAGCCGCAGUGGACUUCACCACCACUACCGAAGGCCCAGUCCGUACGAGAGGACCCACUGUCUCACCAGCAGAAUUCUGCAUCAACACCCCACAAGAGCGUAACACUGUCGGAUUCUACCCCGAUCCUAACGACUGUGCCGCCUUCCUCCAGUGUGACAAGGAUGAAACCGGCAAGCUUUACGCUAACAGAAUGCACUGCCCAAGCGGCACCCUCUUUGACAUGAGGAUGAUGACCUGUGUCGCAUGUGACAUGGCUGAGUGCCCAGGAUCCAGAAUUCCGUCACCAAGGUGUCCACCAGGAGUCGAUUUAUCCACCACUACCACCACUCUGGGACCCACCACUCUGCCAAGCUUUGGCUCUAGCUGCCAGGGUCCUGAUGGCUGGACAUACUUGUCCGUUCCCAACGAUGCUCAGAUUUUCUACAGGAGCCAGACCAUGGGCGGGAACACCACCAUUGAGCGUGUGAGCUGUUUCCCAUGGCAGUUUAACACUAACAAGUGCAGAUGCGUUGCUGCAGGAAAGCAAGCUCUCGCCAUGUUCUCAUUCGACGAGCACAUGAACACAGAGGUUGACAACUUCUGGACUGACUAUAAAGGCGUUGGUCUUAAGGAGGGUAAAAUUGGAAACGCCGCUUACUUCAACGGCUCUGUUCACAUGGAAAUCCCUAGAUUCAACAACUAUCCCUUCGGUUCAUCUAUGACCAUGGCGUUCUGGUAUAUGUCCCUAGGUACCGGCAAACAGGGCAUUCUCAAUAACGGAAACUGCCGAGUGGUGCCUACCAUCGAUUUCCACACCAGUGGAAACACACUCACCGGCAAAGUGCUCAUUCAGAGUAAUGAAACCCUAAACACAGUUGACUUCGUAUUCCGUGAGAUGCCAACUGGGUUCAAUCAUUUCGUAAUGACAUAUGAUGGCUUGAAGUUGCGCGCUUACCUCAACAAGCAGAUGCAGUAUGAGCAGAUUGCAGUUGGAGCAAUCCCAGCCACCUUGGCUCCUCUGAAUUUAGGAAAGGGAAUGGACUGUAAUGGGGAAAACCACUUCUACGGGUACAUCGAUGAGUUCCAAAUAUACGACCGUACCUUGUCGCAGGGUGAGGUGGACGCCAUGUUUGACGGAGCUCGGAACAUCAAAAUCCAACCUUAGAUCUCGAUUCUGACACCCUUUUCAUGACAUGAGUUUCAAACGGAAAAUUAGGGUGCAAUGUGUUUGUACUGUUCCAAAGGAGAAAGAGGAGGAGCAGAGGCCAUUUAAAUAUGAAACCAUAGACUUGUUAUACUACUCAAAGACGAAAUUAUUUUUGUGCAAGCCUCAAGGCUAUCUUUAUAACUUAGUUUCUCCUACACAUUUUUCAAAAUUCAACUCUUUUGAAGACAAUUAUCCAUACACUUGAAGUAAAAGUGGCAAAACAGCUGUUAUUUGUAUUCUUUAUUAACCAUACCUGAAAUCACAAACUGUAGGUAGAUCAGAUAUUGAAUAAAAUAUCAACAGGACGUAGAAGAGGUUAUAUAUGUAGAAGUAGUUUAGUAGCACUUUAAUAUAUUAGAAGUAGUGGACAAUACAGCAAUAUCUUGUACAAAUGUCACAGUGGAAUCACUGUCAGUAGCAUCGAUUUUGGUGAAGAUUUAAAAGGAAAAAAAAGGGAAAAUGAUUGUGAUAAAUUGAUGACGACGCAGGGAUAAAUAGCACCUGCUGCUGACUCAUUCCGUGGCAGACACACCACCAACAACAACGACGAAAGAAAUGCGAAAACUACGUAUUGUUUUUGAAAAGGAAAAAGACUGUUGAAUGAAGAUUAUACUACGGCACGAAUGCUAGAUACUCCAGCAUGCUUCUUCCAGGUACCGAAUAGAUGUUUAAUCACGGACCCUGGGGUGUUCUUCAUGAAAAACAUCACAAUCUUAUGGUUAAACCAGCUUCUUAUGUGAAAGGGAGAGUAAAUGACAGCAUUUUUGUACAUUGUUCUCAGGCAAAAUUAAUAAGUAGCAUAUGCAGAUGAACUAUAAGUUUCGUGACAUCAAACGGUAUGGAAGUAAGGGCAAUCAACAAUGGCGGCGUUGUUUUUACUGUAUAGGGGAAUGGUCGGUCACCACUGCUAUUCUGCCAGACUGUUCUAUGGACUUGGAGACUGAAUUUUACGUAGGUCGCAAGGUUCGCGGGAGGCAUGCUGUUAAAUCAUACUUAAUUGCAUUCACCACGCAGCCUUUACCGUAACGUAAUCCAUUACCAUUAGGUAUAUAAUUGUAUAUUAACGAGAGCAAUAAACGCAGAUCAUGACUGCCUCAA